CCGCGGCCCGGCCCGGACCGGACGCUCCGUGACGCCACUGCCGGCAUCGCCUCCCUGCCAUCGCUGCCCCGACCGCCGUUCCGUGCCGGUACCGACCAUGAGCAAGCGCAAAGCUCCCCAGGAGAGCCCCAACGAGGGCAUCACCGACUUCCUCACCGAGCUGGCCAACUACGAGCGCAACGUGAACCGGGCCAUCCACAAGUACAACGCCUACAGGAAAGCGGCCUCGGUCAUUUCUCGGUAUCCCAGCAAGAUCCAGAGCGGGGCUGAAGCCAAGAAGCUGGAUGGAGUGGGUGCUAAAAUAGCUGAAAAGAUAGAUGAGUUCUUAUCCACUGGAAAACUACGGAAAUUGGAAAAGAUUCGGCAAGAUGAUACAAGUGCUUCUAUCAAUUUCCUGACACGAGUCACUGGCAUUGGCCCUGCUGCUGCCAGGAAGUUUGUUGAGGAAGGAAUUAAGACUUUAGAAGAUCUAAGGAGAAUUGAGCACAAGCUGACCCAUCACCAGCGAAUUGGGCUGAAGUACUUUGAAGAUUUUGAGAAAAGAAUCCCGAGGGAAGAAAUGCUGCAAAUGCAGGAAAUUGUGCUCAAAGAGGUAAAGAAACUGGACCCAAGCUACAUUGCUACAGUCUGUGGCAGUUUCAGGCGAGGUGCAGAGUCAAGUGGUGACAUGGAUGUUCUCCUGACCCACCCCAGUUUCACAUCAGAAUCAUCCAAACAGUCAAAACUUUUGCAUCAGGUUGUAGAGCAGCUGGAAAAAGUCCACUUUAUCACAGAUAUGCUGUCUAAAGGUGACACCAAAUUCAUGGGUGUGUGCCAGCUGCCAGAUCAGGAGGAUGGAACAGCUUUUCCACAUCGCAGAAUCGAUAUCAGGCUUAUCCCCAAAGAUCAGUAUUACUGUGGGGUGCUGUACUUCACAGGCAGUGAUAUCUUCAAUAAGAACAUGAGAGCUCAUGCCCUGGAGAUGGGCUUCACCAUCAACGAGUACUCAAUCCGGCGCCUGGGUGUUACUGGAGUUGCUGGAGAGGCCUUGCCAGUGGAAUGUGAAAAAGACAUUUUUGACUACAUCCAGUGGAAAUACCGAGAGCCAAAGGAUCGGAGUGAAUAACAAAUUUCUGGCUGGGUUUGUAGCCCACAGAGGUGUUUUCAUGGCUUCCUACAAAGAUGUGAGAGUGCACAGUCUGACUUUGAAUAUUACUUGAAAAACUCUGUAUUACUGAUGUCUAAAGCAAGCCCAUGGCACUUGAGCAGAACAGAAUGUGUUGUGAAGAUAAAUCCUGUGAGAUUGCAUUUUCAUAUAGUCACAGAAUCAUUUGGGUGGAAGGGACCCCUAAAUGUCACAUAGUCCAGUCCCCCUGCCAUGAGCAGGGCCAUCUUUGACUAGAGAAGAUUGCUCAGAGCCCAGUCCAGCCUGACCUUGGAUAUUUCUGGGAUGGGGCAUCUCUCUUUGUAUCUUACAUAUAUGUAGACCCCAGAAUGAAAAAGCCCAGGCUGUAUCAUGAAGUACCCUAAAAACACCAUUUUCAACUACUCUCUGUGUCUCCUCUCACCUGUGUGCAGUGUCUUGGUGCAGUGCUGAAGCUCAUGAAGAGCUGUGUACUUAAUUCUCCAAUCUUCAGUGUGGGCUACUGUAUGCUAAGGUGCAUGUGAGCUGUGAGUUUUGUUACUGCACGUUUGGUGCUAUUGAUUGCAGCUUGGCCUGAUUAAUUGAUGCAUUGCUACCACUCCUGUAGAUUCAAUCUGCCCUUUUUUAUAUUAAAACCUAUCAAAUCUUAUUUUACACCUCCCUAUUGAUGCAUUGCUACCACUCCUGUAGAUUCAAUCUGCCCUUUUUUAUAUUAAAACCUAUCAAAUCUUAUUUUACACCUCCCUAUUGAUGCAUUGCUACCACUCCUGUAGAUUCAAUCUGCCCUUUUUUAAAUGCAAACCUGCCAAAUCUUAUUUUACACCUCCCCUUUAAAUGCUGGGAAAGGCAAUGAGUAUUUUGGAUGGGAGAUGAGGUCUCUUCAGGGAUGCAUUACUGGUUGUGUUUGGGACAGGGAUUCUGUUGUUUAACUUAAACAUUUCCAAAGUAGUAACUGCUAGCUUCCAUGAGUUACAGAGCAUCAGCAUGGAAUGUAUGCUGCUGCUUUUGAAUCCUGUUACUUAUUUCAUCUCACUUAAUUGCUCAACAAUUCCAUUUUCAACUUGUUCUUAUACAAGGAGAGUUGAUCAAUCUUAGUAAUGGAGAUGAAAGGCUGAUGCUCUUACUUACCCAUUGAUUUCCUUCCAUUUUUCUUGUUAGGAAUUUUAAUUAUUUUCUGGGAAUGUUCCCCAGGGCUAAUGCAAGUAGUGCUAUGUAAGAAAACUCAAAGUUGACUUGGUGCUAUGUAAAGUAAUUUGAUGCCUCAUUGUAAAAAUACAUAGCUGAUAUAUUGAGUAUUUUCUUCAGUUAUCAAUAGGAAUAAACAAAUUGAAUAUCCCAUCAUGAA